GUCGCUGCUGCACACUUCCGGUCCGUUCAACCCUUUCGAUACCAGGAUUUGGGUGGCCAAGACAAGGAAGAGGACGGUCCCUUCUUCCAAUGCCGGGAAGCUGGGGUGGGAGACGAGAAGAAGCUGGGCUCAAGAACAGAGGAAAAUGCAAACUUCAUUCGCGGUGGUCUCCAAGUGGCGAUACCGCGCCACUCUGGGCGAUCUGAUUGAUGGUGUCAGGAAUGGGAUCUAAAGUGGAGCUUCUAGCGACCCCCAGGAGCACUGAGUGAACAUGCAAGGUACCUGCAGGAUCCACUUGUGUCUAUUGAUCUCUCACAGCAGCUGGGGAUCACAGAACCUGCAGAUUGGAUCGUCUGAGAACACCAGAGAAAGAGAAAGACUGUCCUUGCCAUCCAUACUACAGCAAAACUUUGGAGCUUUAAACCUUGGGUUCAUAAUCUCACAGCUAAGAAGGGUCCCUCCACACUCCUGGAACUGUACAUCCAUUGGAACCCUUAAGGAAUCAUUGUAGUCAAUCAUUUUCCAGUUCUCAGCCGCUCAGUUGUGAUCAAGGGACACGUGGUUUCCGAACUGCCAGCUCAGAAUAGGAAAAUAACUUGAAAAGCAUGAGGACUCUGGUUGCUCUAGAAGAAAUUAAAAAAAAAGAAGAAGAAAGGAAAGUGUGAGGACUGCAAGCCACAUGCCAUGGUUUUUGUGUUGUCGGAAAUCUUUGCUCUGCCAAGAACAAAGCUUAUCAGCCUGUUGCUCUCAGUAAAUCACCUUCAGUAAUCUUCAGUGAUCAGUUCUUCCUCUUGUGUUGCUAAAAGGGAUUUUGUAUUGGAAGACAUGGAUCUUGCUGCCAACGAGAUCAGCAUUUAUGACAAACUUUCAGAGACUGUUGAUUUGGUGAGACAGACCGGCCAUCAGUGUGGCAUGUCAGAGAAGGCAAUUGAAAAAUUUAUCAGACAGCUGCUGGAAAAGAAUGAACCUCAGAGACCACCCCCGCAGUAUCCUCUCCUUAUAGUUGUAUAUAAGGUUCUCGCAACCUUGGGAUUAAUCUUGCUCACUGCCUACUUUGUGAUUCAACCUUUCAGCCCAUUAGCACCUGAGCCAGUGCUUUCUGGAGCUCACACCUGGCGCUCACUCAUCCAUCACAUUAGGCUGAUGUCCUUGCCCAUUGCCAAGAAGUACAUGUCAGAAAAUAAGGGAGUUCCUCUGCGUGGGGGUGAUGAAGACAGACCCUUUCCAGACUUUGACCCCUGGUGGACAAACGACUGUGAGCAGAAUGAGUCAGAGCCCAUUCCUGCCAACUGCACUGGCUGUGCCCAGAAACACCUGAAGGUGAUGCUCCUGGAAGACGCCCCAAGGAAAUUUGAGAGGCUCCAUCCACUGGUGAUCAAGACGGGAAAGCCCCUGUUGGAGGAGGAGAUUCAGCAUUUUUUGUGCCAGUACCCUGAGGCGACAGAAGGCUUCUCUGAAGGGUUUUUCGCCAAGUGGUGGCGCUGCUUUCCUGAACGGUGGUUCCCAUUUCCUUAUCCAUGGAGGAGACCUCUGAACAGAUCACAAAUGUUACGUGAGCUUUUUCCUGUUUUCACUCACCUGCCAUUUCCAAAAGAUGCCUCUUUAAACAAGUGCUCCUUUCUUCACCCAGAACCUGUUGUGGGGAGUAAGAUGCAUAAGAUGCCUGACCUAUUUAUGAUUGGCAGCGGUGAGGCCAUGUUGCAGCUCAUCCCUCCCUUCCAGUGCCGAAGACAUUGUCAGUCUGUGGCCAUGCCAAUAGAGCCAGGGGAUAUCGGCUAUGUCGACACCACCCACUGGAAGGUCUACGUUAUAGCCAGAGGGGUCCAGCCUUUGGUCAUCUGCGAUGGAACCGCUUUCUCAGAACUGUAGGAAAUAGAACUGUGCACAGGAACAGCUUCCAGAGCCGAAAACCAGGUUGAAAGGGGAAAAAUAAAAACAAAAACGAUGAAACUGCUUUCUGGGGGUUGGUUACUUAGUUACCUGCCCUUUGCAUGCCUGUGUGAACCAGCUGUGAGCUGCAAGGCAGUGGCCAGAGCCUCGCCCUCCUGACUCUUCCUGCAGAUGGCUCAGGAAGGAUUCAGCCUGGCCACUUGGCUAGGACUCUGCCAGCACCCAUCUGAGACUGACCUCUUCUGGGCCUUUGGGCACUAUGACCUUGAUGCUGCCCUUCAGGCAGGAAACAGGGCUGGUGCCUUUCUUCACCUGCAUGGCCAGCUUCCUUCCCUGGCAGUGGAGAGGGCAGCCAACAGGUUCUAAUGUCAGAGCCAUCCUUUACCAGGUGGGCCUGCUUGUCCCCGUCUUGCCUGCCACAUCACUCUACUUUUUGGAAGGCCAUGGCUGAUUAAAGAAGUUCUUGUAGUUUCCCAAGCAAAGUGGAAUCUAGAAACAGUGAAAAAAGUUCAGAUAACUUUGAAUUGCAUUCAAGAAGUACACUUCUUUCCCAUUGUCCGUGGCUCUUGGAGUCUCCGUGAUGCCAGGCUAGAGUCUGAUUAUAUAAUAAUUCAAAAUGGUAACUCCCAAGGUAAUGCUUUCUUCCAUUUCAUCAGGUUCUUAUAUCCCCACUGCACUCCCUCCCCUUCUCCCUUGCCUAUCUGGAUGGCUUCUCAGAAGCUCGGCUCUAGUCCUCCCUGUCUUGGCGGGGCCAGAGCCCACUACUGCUGAGGCAGCACUGCUCUCGUCAGCUGUGUUGCCUUUACCAAGUGUCUUCAGAGGGUUAUGAGUUAGAGUAGCUGGCCUGGGGAGAGGGUGCCUCCCUGGGUUUGAUCUUUAGGGUCUGACUUUCUGCAGAGAAGAUGUUUUACAGAUGUGUCAAAGCUGAUGUAAUGUGGUUGGGGGAGGAAAUCCAGACCCAAAGUGUUUGUCAGCUGGGUGUGCAACUGCCUAUGUGAUCCUCUGUCUUAAAAUGAUUUCUGUCUGUGCUGCGAAACAAAGACAAGGUGAGGUGUUUUUCUUUUUUGUAAUAAUAUAAAGCUGUGUGUUUCUGAUUGGAUGAUUCACUAUGUGCAUUGUUUUCUCCUAAGUGCUUUUAGUAGGUAGCAAUCAAAUGGUGUAAAUAAGGAUGUUCUUUUCCUGUUCCUUUUAUUUUUUUCUCUCUUUAUUAUUCUUUUAUUGACACCACUAGAUAGCUGGCCACUGGUCAUGCCAUUGCCAAGAUGAAGAAAAAGCAAACUACACUUUGGCCUCUGGUUCUGAAUUGCAGAAGUCAAAGGAUGCAGUAGGUGUCUAUGUCAGAAUUAUGGAUCAGAGGCAGACAAUGACGAGUGAAGAUGGUUGUGAAGCCCUCUUCAUUCCUGGAGGAGCCUACAUCUCAUCUCUCAGGCCCUCUUUCUCUGUGGGUCUCAUGAACAGCAGUGGGGACCAUUGAGCACUUGAAUGGCCUGUUUGUCUAUGGUCUUGCAAAGGACAAGCAGAGUUCACACAGCUCAGGAUAGAAACAUCAGAGCCUCCUCCACGGGCUUCAGUGAAACUACGAUGAACUGUACCUGAGGGAAUUUUUUCUUAAUCAACCCCUUGUGUGGAUGAAUACAGGAAAAACAAAACUUGUGUACAUAUAAAAGUCAUGCUGUUAAGCA